AUGGUGUAAUAGAAUUAAGCAAAGCUGUCAAGUCUAUGCCUAAUUUAUCAAUAAUUCGCUUUCAUCUUUGCUCAAAUUCAAUAACAGAUAAAGGCAUUAAUGAAUUAUCAAAAGUGGUAAAGUGUCUUGAGAGUAUUUAGCAUUUAGAACUAGAUUUCUCUCAAAACAAAAUUGAAGGAAGUAAUUGCCUAAAAAAUUUGGCCUAGUCUUUAGAAAAUAAACAAUACCUUGUAGAAUUUAAUCUAGAUAUUUCAGAUAAUUCCCUUUCAAAAAAGACAAAUAUAAAACCUCUUUGGAAUCUAAUAACAUCAGAACACCUUCAAAUGA